UGUACUAGACUCUACCACAGACAAACAAUGCGCUAGGCGGGUAGCAUAAAACCUUCGUAAUGCCUUCAAGUCUGCGAUAUCACAGUGAUCAGCUGAAGUACUUUUGCUAGUUAUGUAGCACUGAACAACAGGGGUAAAUAAUACGUUUGCCAAGCGCAGACAGUGAGGCAUGGAGAGCCCAACACCGGAAGAAAACGCGCCCCGAUGCAAGGAUCAGCUGGUACAACAAAUUGUUCCCAAUCAGGAGGGUGACCAAGCUCUGCUUCAGAAGGCUAUUGCAAAUGCACAGAGAGAGGUAUCCCGGAAAGAGGACAUCUUACGGCAGCUGAACAUAGUAAAAACACACAGGAAAAAGAACCAGAAGGAGCCCAUCACCGAGCUGAUUGAGCAGUGGCGUUCAGCAGCACAGCAAGCAAUUUUGGACUUUCAACAGCACAUGGCUGAACCAAGGCCUGGCCUGAAAGACAUUCUUUCUAACUUUCAAAUUGAACCCUCUGUUAUUGGCUACAGUGAAGAUGAUGACUGUUUUGUAUAACCAGAGUCCUUCGACACAUUCCAUGCUGGUAUCUUUAUCAUUUUUAAGUUGAUUCUUUUGUAGUCGUGAAAAUGACUUCUUUGUAAGCUUAGUUGAAAUAAACUAGUCAAGUAUGAAAAUAAAUUGUACUCGUACUGUAAAUUGUACUGUUUAUUCUACUUUCUUUUUACAACUUCGUUCUUGCACUGUGGUUAGAGAUCAGUGCGGGUUGGGUCUAGUUGGCUUGAAUGCAUCAAACAGUUUUGGAUCCUUCAAAAACUUCGGCAUUUUCAGGUAGUGUGGCAUCAUACCUGCAAAUAAAAUAACGAAACUAUAAGACGAA